GCCAGGACUAAAUAUUAUUCACAUCGUUCUCCGCCACAGUCAUAUUUGACGGCUCAUUCACCCCGUCAACAUGCGCUACGAUUGAGAGCCUGUAUAACUUGCUGCCGAGAUCACAUCCUCGUCCCCCUUUCUGACCACCAUACCCGGUAUAUUCGUCUCUUCUCAACCUCUCCGCCUGCAGCGCCUUACACGCACAGGCACAGGCAUUAUGAAGCGAUGGGUCCCGUCCCUGGGCCUGCUGGCAUACCUCGCGACCCUCGUCGCUGGUAACGAAGUGAAAUUGAAACAAGACGACGCCAACCGGCAACGAUGCAGCGGCAUGUACAGCCGCAAAUCUUGGGGUGGCUCCGUCGAGCCAUUCAUCCUCGUUAAAUACCUGCCCGACCACACCGAAGACGACACCGACCCGAUUUCUUCCCUCAUCAUCUUCGAAUGGACCGACGAGCCCCUGAUUGGCCGCAUGCCCGAAGGCAGCACCAGCUACCGAGAUCUCCAAACAAUAUGCACGCCCGACGCCGUGGGCCAGAAGCUCUGCGAAGAGGAGGACAUCGGGUCUUUCAUCCUCGCGCCGAACGCGACCUCACUUGCAAAGAAUCCUAUCUACAAUGAAGCCAUUCAUCUCAAGGACCCGAAGGCGAUCAACUAUCCGAUUCGUCGGACGGGAUACUACUGCGUCAGCACGUAUGCCUUUAGUGACCACGAGUAUGAUGCGGUGGUGGAGUUUCGCAAUUCUUACGGCGAAUUGCCCGCGGCCCAGAUUGCGAAACUCCCCUUCUACGGCGGCCUGACGAUAGUGUACGCUGUGCUGGGUGCCUUCUGGGCCUUCCUCUAUGUCCAGAACAGAUCCGACAUAUUGCCUGUGCAGAACUACAUCACCGCGACCAUCGUCUUCCUGAUUGUCGAGCAGCUCAUGACAUGGGGGUUUUACGACUACCAGAACCGUCACGGCAACAACACAUUGAACAAGGUGUUCAUGAUCAUCGUGUCGAUCCUGAAUGCCGGGAGAAACUCGCUGAGCUUUUUCUUGCUGCUGAUCGUGUGCAUGGGCUUCGGCGUGGUCAAGCCCUCGCUCGGCCGGACCAUGAUAUACGUGCGAAUCCUAGCGGCCGCACAUUUCAUAUUCGGCGUGAUCUACGCUGUCGCAAGCAUGGCCGUGACGCCCGAGUCCGUGGGCCCAUUGAUACUGUUUGUCAUUCUCCCACUCGCCGGAACACUGACGGCGUUCUACGUCUGGACACUGUCCAGCCUUAACGUCACGAUUAAGGACCUGGUCGACCGCAAGCAGAAGACCAAGGCGUUGAUGUACAGGAAGUUGUCGUGGUGUAUCUUGGGGUCCAUAUUGGUGAUUUUCGCGUUCUUCUUCGUGAACAGCUUUGCAUUCGCGGGCAGUAGCGAGGCCGACUUCGUGCCCAAGCAUUGGCAGACGCGGUGGUUUGUACUGGAUGGGUGGCUAAAUCUGGUGUAUCUGUUCGAUAUUGCGUUUGUUGCCUAUCUCUGGCGGCCGACGGCGAACAAUAGGCGUUUCGCUAUGAGUGAUGAAUUGGCCCAAGAUGACGACGGCUUCGAGAUCAGAAGUAUUGCGGACUCAUUUUCUGAUGAUGAAGAAACAGCGCGGAAAGAUCACGAGCGCGAAGUCGGCCCGACUGGAGGGGCUUCAACUUCGCUUACGGACGCCGUUAAUAUAUCACCAAGGAAAGCAUCACCAGCACCAGCGUUGCAGAACAACAGCAGAGCCCCGCCGAAUCCGCCGCGACCGAGGGAGUCGUUGGACGGAGAGACGAUUUUCGCUGUCGGGGACGAUGGAAUAGAGUGGAGUGAUGGCGAAGAAGAGAGUGACGAUGAGCACAAAAAGUUAACAAGCAAGUAGACUCUUGUCCAGACGGAUUGGUCUGCUACCUGAGGAGAGUCUUGCGCACGAACCGCGAUGAUUGCCAUGCUACUGGCAUGUGGUGCUGGCGGAUGUUACGAAUAGCAACAUGAACCAGGCUUUGGAAGGAUGAAGUCUUGUAAUAUAAUCUGUCCAGCCUUCUCGCGUGGGCAUUCUUCAAUGCAAAAGGGAUUUAUUUACUGCAUGAGUUUUCAGUUAGAGGAAUAGCCAUUGCUAGAAUUUCUAUAUGUCGGUGGUGA